AUGUCUGAGCUCCUCGCCGCCGCCAAGGCCGGCGACGUCGCCUCGAUCAAGCGGCUCGUCCAGGGCGGCGCGAACGUCAACGAACAGAACCCGACGGUCGGCGCGACAGCGCUCGUGUACGCCGCGCAGGCUGGCCGCACCGAGGCGGUGCAGGCGCUGAUUGAGCUGCGAGCGAACCCCGGGCUGACCACACGCAAGGGCAAGACCGCGCUCGUCGUGGCACAGGAGAAGGGCCACGCCGCUGUCGUCUCACUCCUGCAGCAGGCGGCCGCGGCACCGGCCGUCUUUGGAGCUCCUCCCGCGGCGGCACCGUUCGGCGGCGCUGCCACGCCGUUCGGCGCCGCCGCCUCCCCCUUCGCCGCCAAGGCGGCCGCCUUUGGCGCCGCCUCCCCGGGCCUGGCCACACCGCCCAGCCCCUUCGGCGCGCCGGCACCCGCCGUGCCCGCCGCCACUCCCUUUGGCGCGUCGCCGUCGCCCUUUGGCACCGUGCCGCCGCCGGCGGGGUCGGCGUCGCCGUUCGGAGCGCCCGCCGCGUCGCCGUCUCCGUUUGGCGCCCCGCCGGCGCCCGCCGCGGCGGCGCCAGCUCCUCCACUCGCUGGACUCGGCGCCCUCGACUCCCUCGGACUCGGCGGCGGCGGCUUGGGAGAGCGGCUCUCACACCAGGUCGUCGCCGUCGCCACCGCCGAGCCGCACCCGAGCAUGGUCUCGUCUGCGUCGCUCGACAAGACGGUCUUGUCUGCGUCGCUCGACAAGACGGUGGCCGUGUGGGACCCGCGCGCGUCGUCCGGCGCCGGCGCCAAGCCCGCCAGCACCGUCGCCCUCCCCGAGCGCGCGCUCUGCCUCGACUUGCGCUGGCCGCAUGCCCUUGUCGGCACCGGCGCCGCCGCCGCCGGCGCGCAGCUCAUCGACUUGCGUUACGCGCCGGCUGAGGCAAAGCCGCUCAAGCUGCACCAGUCGGUGAGCCGGUUCCCGCCAAGGUCGGUCGCGCUCUUCCCGGGCGGCGAGGGCUUCUGCGCCGGCAGCCACGACGGGCGCGUCGCCGUGCACUUCCACUCCUCCUCGGCCGGCGGCGCGGCCGGCGCGGCGGCGGCGGCGCCCAAAGCGAAGGCGCCGUGGGGGGAGGACUUUUCGUUCAAGUGCCACCGGCAGGGGGCGGACAAGGACCGGAUCUACGGCGUGGGCGCGCUCUCGUUCUUCCCGGCCAAGCCGCACCUCCUCGCCACCGCCGGCUCAGACGGGGAGUGCCACCUCUGGGACCUCAAGCGGCGGCACAAGACCGCGCACCUACUCAAAGCGUCCACCGCUGGCUCGGGCGCGCCCGUCGCGCUGCCAGCCAUCGCCUUCUCGCGCGGCGGCGACAUGCUCGCGUACGCCCGCUCCGACGACUGGUCGGGCGGCGCGGCUGCGUACGAGGCGACGCGCGGCGCGGGCCACGCCAACGACGUGCGCAUCUUGCUGCUGGACCCGUCGGGCUGGGAGAAGCGCGAGGCGGGCUGAGCUGAGUUUUUUCGGAGGCCACAAACGGACACUCUACCGACCUUUACACCCCUAGAAGCUAGAUAAUCCACCCCGACACAUUUUUUGUGUAUAUAGGCAUUUGCCCAAUAUUUGCUU